AAUCUACUUGUUUCCUUCACAAACUCCAAGUGUUAAAGCAUCAUUACAUUACAUAGUUUUCUCAAAAAAGAAAAAGAAAAUGGGAGUGGUUAAUAAUAUUUGUGCUUUGAUGAUAGCGGUGAGCAUGGCCGUAUGUCUCACGUCAGUUGCAAAUGCGGCGCAGGGAACAGCUACUUUCUAUACGCCUCCUUAUGUUCCCUCUUCAUGCUACGGAUAUGAAACCAAUGGCUUGAUGAUCGCUGCAACAAGUGAUGCAAUAUGGGGCAAUCGGACAGCAUGCGGGACCAAUUAUAACGUCAACUGCAUCGGGGCUACAAACAAGGGCGUGCCACCUUGCUGGGGUACCAGCGUCGUGGUUAAAAUCGUCGAUUACUGUCAAAUAGGAUGUCAAGGAACUAUUAAUCUCUCUCAAGAGGCUUUCUCUGCAAUAGCUAAUCCAGACGCUGGAAAAAUCAUAAUUGAAUAUACUAAGGUUUGACGUUCUCCUAGAGUAUGGUCUCGUAAAAGCCAAUUAUGAUAAUAUAUAUAGGAAUAAGUGGCUGAUGAUGGGAACUUGUUUGUAUCAUGCAAGCGUGGAAAUUUGAUGUUAAAAUUAACUAUAUGUAUGUGAUAUAUGAAAAAACAGAGGAAUAUUUGAACUUUUUAUUCAAUACUUCAAGCUGAAAUGCCAAGGGCAUUAUAUACAGUUUUUCUUUACAUAACA